UGAAUACCAAUUCAUUUCGUGGAGUAUGAUCCAGAUGUUUCCCAAAUCUACCGUAAAAUCGUUGCUCAGAAAUAGGGAUGAUAUUGAGUGGUUUUUUCUGUACUAGAAAUCUCAGAAGGCAUUUAGAAAUUGGACUGAUCAACAAGGUUCUUUGAAGUCAACUUGCGUUACAUUACUGUUCUCUCAGAACAAGGUUCUUGGGUGAGUUGGCACUGAAUACGCACUAUGCCAGCUAUACAGAAGCUGUAUGAAGCUUGUAAAUUAUCCCUCUCUCCGAAUGGACCAAUUUCAGAGGAAGCUCUUGAAAAAGUUCGUGCUAUGUUGGAUAAAAUCAGACCUUCUGAUGUAGGUCUUGAACAGGAGGCGCAGUUGGUACGUGGGUGGAAUGGUUCUUCACAUGGUACUAAUGGGAAGAAAGGACGUAAUGGGAGCCACCAGUACCUGCCUCCAAUCAAAUAUCUGCAUUUACAUGAGUGCGCUAGCUUCUCUAUAGGAAUAUUCUGCAUGCCACCAUCAUCUAUCAUACCCCUUCACAAUCAUCCUAGGAUGACUGUGUUGAGCAAGCUUCUAUACGGUUCAUUGCAUGUAAAAUCGUAUGACUGGGUUGAUUUACCUGGGCCUGCUGAUCCAUCGCAAGUAAGGCCUGCAAAGCUUGUUAAGGAUUGUGAAAUGACUGCUCCAUGUGGGACAACAGUCCUGUACCCAACAAGUGGUGGCAACGUGCAUUCUUUCAGAGCCAUAACACCCUGUGCUCUUUUUGACAUUCUGUCACCUCCUUACUCUUCUGAAGAUGGACGACACUGCUCUUAUUUCCGAAAGUCCCCAAGAAUGGAUCUAUCCGGUAUCGACGAGUCAAGUGGAAUAAAUGCCUCAGAAGUGGCAUGGUUGGAAGAGAUUCAAUCCCCUGACAACAUUGUUGUUCGGAGAGGGGUGUACAAGGGACCGAUUAUCAGAACUUGAGGGAUUUUGGGUUGUGGAUGUACUAUACUAUUAAUGAGAUGGGCUUCGAUUAUUAUAGGAAACAAUGAGGUAAAUUCUAUAGUAUAUGGGUUGUUGAUAGGUGGUAAUAAUUACUGUAAUUGGCAAUGUAAGUUGGUCAUUUGGGUUUGUAUAUAUAUAAUAUAUAGAUAUAUACUGGUGAAAUUCAUCCAUUUAAUGAUUACACCUUUAGUUA